AUGGUGCUAACGUCCUCGAGAACUAGUGUCACACCAUCGCUUCGCUCGACUGCCUUUGGUCUUCUCAAAGGCACUCACCCGACUACGGCUUCCGCGGCCGUGAACCUCGUGUCGGACCAAGAUUUCAGCCUCUGCAAAACCUUCCACAUCAUCAACUCCCUUCCACCACCUGCUGAGGUCGCCUAG